AGAAAAGAGGGAAAGACAGAACAGAACAAAACCAAACCAUUCCUCGACGACCAGAGCAAAAAUAAAAUCAUUCUCUGAUCUCUUUCUUCAUAUGUUCCUGUCGUCAUUUUUCUAAUCCGAUAAGUCUUUUCAGAUAGAUUUCAAGAGAAAGAAAGAAAGAAGAUGGAUGACGUUAAAGAUAAGCUAAAAGGAUUCAUGAAGAAAGUCAAUCUCUCUUCUUCCUCCGGCAAAUUCAAAGGCUCUGGUCGAGUUCUCGGAUCUUCUUCUUCUUCUUCCUCUGCACCCGUUAACCCGAUUCAAAACCGGUUUAACCCUCCUCAAUCUUCAAAUCCGAAUCCGACUCCAAGACCCACCAGACCUUCACCUUCUCCAUCAGCUGCUCCGUUGCCUGAGAAACCCGUAUCUUCCGGAUCACCGAAAAAACCGGAUCCUGAUCCGGUUCGUGCUCCUCCUCCACAAGACGGGUUCGACCCUUACGGAGCGUUCAUCACUUCUUCCAACAGAUCUCAAAACGGAUACUCUCUCAACAUGUUCGAGUGUCCGAUCUGCGGCAACCCUUUCAAAACAGAGGAGGAAGUCUCCGUCCACGUGGAGAGCUGUCUCGGUGACACCACCACCACCAACGAAGACGAGCCUGCAUCGGAGAAGUCCGAAAUGGAGAAGCUUGUGGUUGUGUAUCUCUCCGGGAAACCGACGGAGAGUUCGGUUGAUGUUUUGCUUAGGUUGUUUAAGAACAUAGUGAAAGAGCCUGAGAACGGUAAGUUUAGGAGGAUUAGGAUGAGCAAUGCCAAGAUUAAGGAAGCGAUCGGUGAUGUUGCGGGAGGCGUUGAGCUUCUCGAGUUUGUUGGGUUUGAAUUGAAAGAGGAAAAUGACGAGAUUUGGGCGGUUAUGGAUGUUCCUGGAGGAGACCGAACUCAAUUGAUCAGUGAAGUUGUCGGAAUGUUGGAAAAAAGAAAGAUCGAAAUGAAUGAGGUUCAAGUGGAACCAGUGGCUCCGAAGAAGAUCGAUAGAGAGAUUCGUGUCUUCUUCUCGGUUGCUGAGAACGUAGCGUCGAGAAUAGAGGUGCCUGAUUCGUUCUAUAGUCUCUCUGCGGAUGAGAUCAAAAGAGAAGCGGAUUUGAGGAGGAAAAAGAUUGCGGAAUCGCAGCUUUUGAUCCCGAGAUCUUACAAGGAGAAACAGGCGAAAGCAGCUAGAAAGAGAUACAAAAGGAGUAUGAUAAGAGUUCAGUUUCCUGAUGGAGUUGUGCUUCAAGGUGUGUUUGCUCCUUGGGAACCAACCAUUGCUCUCUAUGAGUUUGUGAGCUCUGCUUUGAAAGAGCCGAGUUUGCAGUUCGAGCUUUUGGAUCCUGUCCUAGUUAAACGGCGUGUGAUUCCGCAUACUCCAGCUCCGGGACAGAAACCAAGAACCUUGGAGGAUGAAGAGCUUGUUCCCUCAGCGCUAAUCAAGUUUAGACCGAUCGAGACUGACUCUCUCGUCUACACUGGUCUAUGCAAUGAACUCCUGGAGAUCAGUGAACCACUCACAUGAUUUGGCUUCAAACGGUUUUAAGUUUCUCUAUUUUAUGUUGUGGUUGGUUGAAUGUUCUCUGUUUGUUAUUCGAACAUAUUAUAGGGUUUUAUGGAAAAAGAAUUGUGUAAUCUGCACAUUAGUUAGAAUCAAAAUUUGAAGAUUCAUCAUA